AUUAAAUAUUGUCAUGUUUACAUAAUGGCGUCGUAGUUACAUUAUGGACAUAUUUUGUAAGGAUGGCAAUAAAAAUUUAGCCGCAAAUUUGGUAGAAUAAAAAAUAAAAGACACGGAAAUGGAGGAUCUAUAACAAAGGAGAACCCCAUGUUGUGACAUAUUCAACAUCGUUAUUGCUUGCACAACAUGGAUGGAGAACCUUCGACUUCAUGUGGCAUAAAACGUUCAAUACCAAAAGAAUUACAAGAUGAAGUGGAUGUGAUAGCUGCAAAACUUCCACGAGAUAUUGUUAAAUCAGCAGACUUGAGUGAUAACCAAAAAAGAUGGUUAGUUGUUGGAAUAUGCCUUAACAGUGUCAUAGCACCAGCAUUGAGAAACUAUGUAGUUCAUAUUUUAACAAGCUUUUAUAAUCAGUUAUCUUGUAAUCAUAAGAUUGAUGCACAAAUAUAUCCAAACCAUUUAAAGCAAUAUCAACCGACAAAUACCUACUUGAAUUAUGAGAAUGUCAACAACAACAAAGCAAAACAUGGUUAUAAAAAGGCAAACUACGACUACACGAUCAAGAAUGCUGUUGAUUUAUCCAAGCUUUUUCUACAGACACACAUGGCACAUUAUACAGGCUUUGAUGAAACAUGUGACUCCUCCGCUUUGCUGGGAUUGAUCAUUAACAUUGACCAGUUCACUCUAGUUGUAAAGUCAGAUGCCGAAGAUGUACGACAAGAAAUACGGAACCCAUGGGCUCAUUGCGAUUACACCAAAUGGGAUGCUUUAAAGUACUCAACAUCAUUCCAGCUUAUGGAGAAGCUUGUCACAGAUCUCACUAUGAGUCAGGCCGAUAAAAUUCAAGUAAUGGGAGAGCUAAAUAAAUGGAAAUUAAAUGGUCAAAGUUUUCUCAAUGGUACUGCUCUGGGUCUUGAAUUGGUAAAUGAGAUUCGUCAACAAACGUAUGUUUUAGCUGAAUAUGCAAAGCUUGUAGCAAGAGAAACAGAUGAUAACCUCUUUAAGAUAAAGAAAGAACUCGAUAAUUGUGGAAGAAUUUUGCAAAAUGAAAAAGUUCAGUUUAAGAAAGACAUUCUUAAAAUACAGAGAAAGGUGAUGGGUCAAGAUAAAACUCUGAAAAAUCACGAGACACAGUUUGAGGAAGUAAGAGAACGCCUAAGUCUAUGCCCAUGUCGUGAUUCCCAUAAUGUCGAGAUAGAAUCAUGGAAGGAGGAAAGACAAAUGUUCGUUGAAACACCUGCUGUAAAUAUGAUUUCACAUAGCAUUACAUCAGAACAUAGUGUCUUAAUAGUAGGUGAACCUGGCAUCGGUAAGAGCUUUUUAAUGCAUCAUAUUGCUUUAAAUCUACAUUACAAGAUGAAAUAUAGCAUAAUUCCAUGUUCAGAUAUUCAGGAGAUAGUCCAGCAUUAUAAAGAGGACGUAAGACAGAUGUUUGUUCUGGAUGAUAUUUGUGGAGAAUACACAACUAGUUUUUCAGAUGCUGAAUAUUUGAAUAAAAAUUAACACAAAUUGAAACUGAUGCUGAAAACGAAUAUUAUCAAAAUACUAGCAACGUUGAAAGAUCAAAAUGUACAGUUUACACCUUUAAUGUGUUAUCUGUAUUCCAAUAGUCAGAAUUUUAAUCUGACAGAUUUUUUACAAUGUCCUUUCGAAACAUACCAAACAGAGUGGGACAAGUUAAAAUCAAUUGAUCCAAACAAAUACUGCGCGCUGUUUGUAUGUGUUAUUUACAACGGCAUCAUUAAAGAGUCAUUAUUUGAUAUUUAUAAUGAAAAUAACACUAAUAAUAAAUAUGUCAUUGAAAAUUUGUUCGAAAUCUGCGGAAUAAGUCGUUGUACGUCUAGAAGUAAAAUAAAGAGAGUUUUGGACAGCCUUGAUGGAACUUAUUUAAGAAAAACAGGAAACAAGUAUAUAGUUAUUCAUGACCAAAUGUUUGAUUUUAUGUGCGGUUAUUUUGGUAACAAGGAUGAAAUGGUCACAGGUAUAUUGCGUUAUUCAGACAUCAGAGUUAUCAAUGAACGGACACAAUUAGAAUCUUUUGAUGAACAACAUGGACAAUUUACUAUAUUGAUAACAAACAAGUAUGAACAGGAAUACUUCGAUAGAAUCAAAAAUGAAUUACAACUUGGAAAACUAAAUCAGUGUUUUUACAAUUCACAGAUGAAGUUUGAAAAAUUUAGAGCUUUUUUUCUCAAAAUAUUGAAAUCUAUAGACGAUAGCUUACUCGUGGAACAACUAAACAAGAGAAACAGUUUGAUGUAUAAAUUCACCGAUUCAUAUAACAAAGAUGAUUUAGUUGCGACUCACGACUGUCUGGAAUAUGAAUAUGAGGAUAUGACUGAUGGACCUUUUAUAACAGCAUGCAACCAAGGAUAUGAUGAUAUAGUUCAAUAUUUUAUUUCAAAAGGAGCUGAUAUCACACUUUGUGGUUUGUUCAAUUCACCUCUGACAGCUGCUUGUAUGGGGGGACAUGCAAAUAUAGUAAAGGUUCUGAUAGACAAAGACAGUGAUAAAAACCAAACUAGUCGUUUAGGAUUUACACCUCUGACAGUUGCGUGUAUUAGAGGAGAUGAAAAGAUAAUACAAUUACUUAUAGACAAAGAAUGUGAUGUAAGCCAGGCUGAUGGUAUGGGACGGACACCUCUGACAGCUGCUUUUUGGAGAGGAAAAGUCAAUAUAUUACAAUUACUUAUAGACAAAGGAUGUGAUGUUAACCAGGCUGAUGGUAUUGGAGAAACACCUCUGACAGCUGCUUGAAGGGGAGGUGAUGAGAAGUUCGUACAAUUACUUAUAGACAAAGGAUGUGAUGUUUACCAGGAUGGUGGUAUUGGAGAGACACCUCUGACAGCUGCGUGUAGGGGAGGCAAUGAGAAGUUAGUACAGUUACUUAUAGACAAAGGAGGGAAUGUUAACCCGCGGUCGGUUGAUGAUAUAGGAGUUACGCCUUUGACAGCUGCUUGUAUUGGGAAUAGUGAGAAAAUAGUACAAUUACUGAUUGACAAUGGAGUUGAUGUUAACCAGGCUGAUGGUAACAACGAUACACCUCUUAUAAUUACCUGCAGUUUGGGAAGAAAUGAGAAAAUAGUACAGUUACUUAUCAACCAAGGAGUUAAUGUAAACCAGACUGAUAGUAUACGACAUACUGCGCUUACUGCAGCUUGUAAAGGAGGAAAUGAGAAGAUAGUACAUUUACUUCUAGACAAAGGAGUUAACGUUAAUGAUAAUAAUAUGACGGGACAGGCACCUUUGAUCGCUGCUUGUAGCAGAGGACAUAAUAACAUUGUACAGUUACUUAUAGACCAAGGAGUUGAUGUUAACAACCCUUUCGAUAAGACAAAAUCACCUCUUACAGCUGCUUGCAUCGGAGGAUAUGAGAAGACAGUAGAGUUACUACUACAUCAAGGAUAUGAUCCUCACCGGACUAUUUUUACGCCAGUCACGCAUUUGACAGCUGCUUGUUGGAGUCAAAAUGAAAAGAUAUUCCAGUUAUUGGUAGAUAAGGGACUUGAUAUUAACGAGGCUGAUGGCUUUGGUGUAACACCUCUGAUGACAGCAUGUGAAUGCGGAAAUUAUGAAAUAUUUCAAAUUUUGAUAGCCAAGGGAGUUGCUAUAGAUCAGACCACCGAAGAGGGAUUGACACCUAUUACAGCUGCCUGUAUGGCAGGAAGUGAGAAGAUAGUAAAGUUACUGAUAGAUAAUGAUGUUGAUAUUGGCGAUGCUGAUUUUAUGGGACCAACACCCCUGAUAGCUGCUUGCUCCGGAGGACACGAACAUAUAGUAAAGUUACUGAUAGACAACAGAUGUGAUGUUAACCAGACUGAUUAUGUUGGGCUUAACACACCUUUGAUAGUUGCUUGUAGGAGAGAAAACAAGAAUAUAGUGAAAUUACUGAUAGACAAAAGAUCUGAUGUUAACCAGGAUUGUGAUUCUUGGGAGACACCACUUUCGGUUGCAUAUUCUAAAGGAAAUAUGGUGAUAGCACAGUUAUUGAUAAAUAGAGGAGCCAAUGUUAUCAGUUCAUAAAGAUAUUAAUAUACAAAACCGAGAGCUGCCAUCACCAUAACAAUAAAAAAACAGAAUCAAACAGCAGUGGGGGUUUGGGUUUGCCAGAGAGCACCACUGAUUUAUAUUUUCAAGACUUUAGAAGCCGAAAGUCUUAAAGUGGUAACUAUGACGUCGUUUAUCUUACAACGUUACAUUCAUUUGAAAAUUCAAUUGUUGAUCGUGAUAAUCAUUCAGAAAUGCAUGCGGUCGACAAACUGAUUGAUUGUUGAUGUUUAACGCUACUUUCAGCACUAACUGCAACUUUUUGGCGGUAACUUUUUAUUGGUGGAGGAAGACGUAGUUCCCGGAGAGAACCACCGACCUUCCGCAGGAAACCUGACAAUCCUUGUGAAUUAAGAUUGGAGUCGAACGCACCUGCCACUUGAGGGAUCUGAAUUCACAACCUCGGUGUUGACAGAGUAGUGUUACAAUCGUUCAACUACUUAGACCACUAUGCCACUGAGGCCAUCAGAAAUACUAAACUUGAGCUAGUUAAAAUAAUUUUGAAUAAUAAAUUCAUUUUUUUAAUAA